AUGGCAGCUUCAUAUCCGAGCCCCGCGAUUCUACUUAAACUACUGAGUGGUCCGACAUGGUCCUUAACCCGCAACCUCCGCAGCACAAACAAGAACGAGAUCAAUGGCCAGCUGCUCGGCACCGCCACUUUUACCAAACUUGUUGCCAGCGAUGAAGUCCAGGAUUGGCUGUACACCGAGAGUGGUCAAUUCCCCACCUCGUCAGCACUUCCACCUGCAUUAGCAGGAAUGGCAAGUGCAACAUGGUCGAAAAAGUACAUUUGGCGAUUGAGCAAUGCGCCAUCUGAACUGAGCGCAUGGUUUGUGAAAGUCGGAUCUGCCAAUGAGGCCGACUACCUAUUUCACAAAUUCGAUUUUGGAUCCGAUGCGAACAUUUCAAUCAACAGCGCCGAGCAAUACGCUGCACCUGUUCCUAUUCUCCCAGAGGGUAUUCAGAGUGAUCAGACACGUGUUCUCCAGGCACGUGGGGAUCACCUGUGCAUCAAUGAUAUGUAUCGAACUUCAUAUGCAUUUCGCUUUCAUCGAGACACGAAUGAACUACUGAGCUGGUCGAGUCUUCAUGUGGUGCGUGGACCAGCAAAAAGUCAAGAAAUCACGAAUCACUAUAUCCCGCAAUGA